AUGUAUCUACUGUACAUUCGGGAACCGAUCUUCGGCCCCACCGGCGCGGCGCGUCUGCCGAGGCAGAUCCCACGCUGCACAUGGAUGCCCCACCAGGCCGAGGUGCAUCACCGGAUGAUUAGAGGCCGAUUGAGCGAUGCCCACGACGACCUGCAACGAAUCUCGUCGGCCGAGACGGUUUAUGAACCACUUCAUCUCCCGCCCAUCACCCGCCGCCCGUCGCCCACCGCUCUCUACCUGCCUCAUGCCGGGACAGCUACCCGUCCGUUUAUCGUUUUCGACUGCCUAGCUGCGCUGCGACCGAAAUCUCACAGCAUGCCGGCAUCGUCCAAGCCCGUCGCCCUCGUCGUCGGAGCCUCGCGCGGCAUCGGUCGUCAAGUCGCCGUCGACCUCGCCCGGAACGGAUAUGCGGUCGUCGUUGCCGCCAAGUCCGUCAGCGAUCCCGGCGUGCCCCUGCCAUCACCGCCACCGGCUCCCAACUCGGCCGAGUCCACCAUCACAACGGUCGCGCACGAAAUCAAUGACGCCGGCGGUGACGCCACGGCCAUCCCCGUCGACGUCCGCCACGAGCGAAGCGUCAACGAGCUUGUACAAAAGACUCUUUCGACCUAUGGCCGCCUCGACGUUCUCGUCUACAACUCGGGCGCCAUAUUCUGGGCUCCCGUCCACGAUACACCUUUGAAGCGCUUCCAGCUCAUGCAGCGUGUCAACCCUGAGGGCCUCUAUGCCGUUGUUCAAGCCGCCCUGCCGCACCUGCGCGAUGCCGCUGCGAGGGGGGGCGCCCCCAAAUCCACCUCCACCGCUGCCGGUCGCAUCGUCGUCGUCAGCCCUCCCAUCUACAGCCGCUUCUUCCGCGGCAAAACCGCCUACGCCAUGGGCAAGGUCGCCAUGAGCGUCCUCACCAAAGGCCUCGCCAUGGACUUUGCCCGCCGCGGUGACGACGCCCUCGGCAUGGCCAUCACGAGCCUCUGGCCCGCCGUCGCCAUCGAGUCCGCAGCAACGGCGCCCAUGACGGCAGCCAACCCCGACGAACGCAACGACCUCCGCAAAGCGACCAUCUUCUCCGACGCCGUCCUCGCCAUCCUCGCCGCGCCUCCCUCUGUCGUCAACGGCGAGCUGCUCCUCGACGAGGACUUCCUUCGCGCCCACGCCGCCAUCACCGACUUCUCCAAGUACAACGUCGUCCCCGGCACUACGCCCCGGCGCAUCAUGCCCGCCCGCCUGCCGGACCUCACCGUCGCCGAGCAGGAUGACGAGGGGAAGCGUUAUGUCAGCGCCGCGGCAAAGUCGAGGUUGUGA